GCAAAUGGAUGACGUGGGAGCGACCCUCGUCCAAUAAAGCAGCCGAUGUGUGUGCGGCUAACAGGAGGCUAGGCUAACGGGACGGGAGAGGAAGAUUGUGUUGGAAGAUCUUACUUUCUCAAUAUCACCCCGAUUCACAGAGGUCCUUGAAUUCAAAAUGACGUACAGGAGAGACAGGAGUAUACGAGAGGUGUAUGAUGAACGCUUUUUACCAGAGAGACCGGGUCCGUAUCCACGGGCAGCUGGAGCAGUGGAGAGGAGGGGUCCUUUCGGCAGGCCAGAGGACGACUACAACCGCGGUGGGUACGAAUAUGAAGGAGGUCCGCGCUUUUUCCCAAAUGGAGGAGGCCCACGAAGUUACCAUGAAGAUCAAAGGGGCUACCACGGUGAUAGCCUUCAUUUCCCUGCUGAACGCAGAGCUGGCCCACCUUCAAGGAGGGAGGACUAUCCUUACAGAGUACCCAGGGAAGAACCACACACAGGGCGGCCUUUGGAGUUUGGCGCUCGUGCACCGCCUCCUCAUAGUGUGCGAAGCCAGGGAAUCUACCCAGCGGCCAGAUCACUCCCAGAGAGCGGGGAGGAUUCACUAGUGCAAGCCAUCCUCAACCUGGACAGAGGGGAGGACAGAGACCACUACAGGAGAAAGGCGGCUCCGUUCCCUCCACUUAGAGAGCGCUCUCCUGUGCGCCGCGAGGUGGCCCGCUCCCCCCACAGUCGCUCCGGCUCCAGCGUCAGCAGCAGAGGCUACUCACCAGACAGAGCCAAGAACCUGCCAUUUCCCUCACAGCAAGGCAAGAGUGUGGACGGUCCAGAGGGUCUCGCAGGUGUUUCUGAGCACCUCUGGGGGGCGCUCUUUCCUCAAACCAGUGGACAUGACAUUUUGGGGUAUGAAGAGACUUAUUCUCAGAUCAAGAUGGCCGACAAAAUCCCUGGUCUGUCAAGAGAAGGCUCCCCACACAGCGCAACCUCAAACAAGGAGGACAGCCAUCCUCCAGAAGGAGAAAAAGAGGAGCUGCUGGUGGCUUCCAUCGUGGAGGAGAGCCAUAAGUCGUCGAAUGCGGAGAACUUUCAAGAGCGACGAGCUCUGGCCAUCGCAGCCAAAGCUCAGGAGAUAGAGAAGGUGUACCGUCAGGACUGCGAGACAUUUGGCAUGGUGGUAAAGAUGCUGGUGGCUAAAGACCCUAACUUGGAGAAGCAGCUACAAGUUCCCCUAAGGGAGAACCUCGGGGAGAUCCGCGAACGUUGCCUGGAGGACCUUAAACAGUUCAUCAGCGAGCUGGACGAGGCGGUUCGACAGCCCGAACCUUCCGUCUGUGACUCAACCACCCCAUCUGCAACACUGACGGCUCAUAAACUUUCAAAGACAGGAGUGAAUCACAGCUCUUCUUACUGACACAUCUGACCUCUCUGUGAGACUGAGCACGGUAGGAUUGACUGCCGAUUAGACGGACAUCUUGGAUACAUUUUGGAUUGCUGGACUGAACCAAUUCUACAGCACAGCAAGAUGGAUGGGAUGCAGCGUUACAUUAUGUGUGGGAAUGAACAGUGUUAGUUUUGAAGAAAUCAUUUAUACCUUCAAGUUCUCUGUUGAAGAUGUUAAUUAUAAAAUAUUAUUAAAAGUUAUCAAACCAGUCUCACAUCACUGUGGGAACGUUUAACAUGGGUUUCAUUAUUUAACCUGUUAUGAUGGAAAUUGUUGUUGAGAAUAGCCCUUCAGCAUGAUCACACGUUUCCAAAAGAGAAGCCAGGUAACACCAUGUUUUGUUUUGUACUGUUUUCAGCUAUGUCCAUUUUUAUUUUUGUAGCAGUCAGAUGUAUGACUUGGUGCUGCUAAAUUUACAGUUCUACAUUCUUGUAUAAAUUUGUACUGUUUAGAAAUGCCAGUUUGGUUCCUUGCUUUUUUUUAUUGUGUUUUCAUUUUGCUUUUCAAACUUUAUAUCCUAUGUCUCCCACUUCCCCAAAAACUCUGCACAACACUGAGACGAAGCUUUGCACAAACUGAGAUGUCUCUGAAGGUUGUAGUAAAGAUGAUUUCUGUUAA